UACGUGUGUGUGUGGGACUCCUUCACUGCACAGAGCGUGUCGCUGCUGCGAGACGAACACACACACGGCAUCGCCUGCCUCGCAUUCAGCGCUGACGGACAGCGGUUAGCGUCCAUCGGCCUGGAUGCCAAGAACACAAUGUGUAUCUGGGAUUGGAAGAGAGGGAAGAUCUUGGCCACAGCCACCGGACACUCAGACAGGAUCUUUGACGUCAGCUGGGAUCCGUUUCAGCAGAACCGUCUGGUGAGCUGUGGAGUCAAACACAUUAAGUUCUGGUCCCUGUGUGGAAACGCUCUCACUCCAAAGAGGGGGAUCUUUGGGAAGACGGGCGACCUGCAGACCAUCCUGUGUGUGGCGUCCGCCAAAGACGACCUCACGUACUCCGGAGCGCUCAACGGCGACAUUUACGUGUGGAAGCUCCUCAACCUGACACGCACAGUCCAGGCCGCACACGGGGCUGGUAUCUUCAGCAUGUACUCGUGCGAGGAGGGCUUCGCCACCGGAGGCAGGGACGGCUGCAUCCGGCUGUGGGACGCCGACUUCAAGCCGAUCACCAAGAUCGACCUCCGAGAGGCCGAGCAGGGAUACAAAGGACUCUCCAUUCGCAGCGUCUGCUGGCGGGCCGACCGAAUCCUGGCGGGGACGCAAGACAGCGAGAUCUUUGAGGUGAUGGUGAGGGACCGGGACAAGCCGCUGCUCAUCAUGCAGGGACACAGCGAGGGCGAGCUGUGGGCGCUGGACGUUCACCCCAAAAAGCCUCUGGCCGUCACCGGCAGCGACGACCGCUCCGUCCGGUUGUGGAGUCCUGGUGGAUCACGCCCCUCAUCGCUCGCUGCAACAUGGAGGAGGGCGGUGCGCAGCGUGGCGUUCAGCGUGGACGGAUACCAGCUGGCUCUGGGCAUGAAGGACGGAUCCUUCACUGUGCUGAAAGUCAGAGACAUGACGGAGGUCGUCCACAUCAAAGACAGGAAGGAGGUGAUCCACGAGAUGAAGUUUUCCCCAGACGCAGCGUACCUCGCCGUCGGCUCCAACGACGGACUCGUGGACAUUUACGCCGUCGCCCAGAGAUACAAGAAGGUGGGCGAAUGCGGCCAGUCAGCCAGCUUCAUCACUCACCUGGACUGGUCUCUGGACAGCAGGAUCCUGCAGACCAACGACGGAUCCGGGGAACGGCUCUUCUACCGGAUGCCCGUGGGGAAGCCGAUCGUCUGCAGGGAGGAGGUGAAGGGUCAGCGCUGGGCGUCCUGGAGCUGCGUCCUGGGCUCCGAGGUCAGCGGCGUGUGGCCCAAAUACUCCGGCCUGACCGCGAUCAACGCGGUGGACGCCAAUCACGCCGCCGCCGUGCUCGUCACCGGCGACGACCUCGGCCUCGUCAAGCUCUUCCGCUUCCCCUGUCCGAGAAAAGGGGCCAAAUUCAAGAAGUACGUCGGCCACUCUGCCCACGUGACCAACGUCCGCUGGUCACAUGACCUGCAGUGGGCGCUGACCACGGGUGGGGCCGACCACGCCCUCUUCCAGUGGAGGUUUCUGCCCGAGUCGGUCAUGAACGGAGGACUGGACACCAACGUACAAGACGGACACGGGGACUCCAACAGCGAGGAGUCGGACAGCGACGUGUCGGACGUCCCGGAGCUCGACUCCGACAUUGAGCAGGAAACGCAGAUCAACUACGACAGACAGGUGUAUAAGGAGGACCUGCCUCAGUUGCAGCAGCAGAGCAGAGAGAAGAAGCAGCAGGUUGGAUCUCUGAAGAGGCAGAGAGGGCCGGACCAAGGACUGCGGCUGCAGUUUGUUCACGGGUACCGUGGUUACGACUGCAGGAACAACCUGUUCUACACUCAGGGGGGGGAGGUGUUGUACCACGUGGCGGCGGUCGGCGUGGUCUACAACCGGCAGCUGCACAGCCAGCGCUUCUACCUCGGCCACGACGACGACAUCCUGAGCCUCAGCAUCCACCCGCUGAAGGACUACGCUGCUACUGGACAGGUGGGGAGGGACCCGGCCGUCCAUGUGUGGGACAUCCAGACUCUGAAGUGCCUCUCCUUGCUGAGAGGUUUCCACCAGAGAGGAGUGUGCGCUCUGGACUUCUCAGCUGAUGGGAAGAGUCUGGUGUCAGUGGGAGUCGACGAUGGACAUUCAAUUGUUGUGUGGGACUGGAAGAGAGGAGAGAAGCUUGCUACUGCCAGGGGUCACAAGGAGAAGAUAUUUGUGGUGAAGUGUAACCCCAUGCUCAUGGACAAGCUGGUCACUGUGGGUAUCAAACACAUCCAGUUCUGGCAACAAGCAGGCGGCGGUCUGACCUUCCGGCGCGGUGCGUUCAGGGGCGUCGGCCGGCCGGAGACCAUGAUGUCCGUGUGUUACGGCCGCAGCGAUGCGCUGGUGUUCUCCGGCGGCGCCACCGGAGACGUUUACAUCUGGAAGGAGGCGCUGCUGCUGAAAACCGUCAAAGCGCACGACGGACCCGUGUUCGCCAUGUUCUCCCUCGACAAGGGCUUUGUGACCGGAGGGAAGGACGGUGUGGUGGAGCUGUGGGACGACAUGUUCGACCGCUGCCUGAAGACGUACGCCAUCAAGAGAGCGGCGUUGUCCCCGGGCUCUAAAGGGCUGCUGCUGGAGGACAACCCGUCCAUCAGGGCCAUCACUCUGGGACACGGUCACAUCCUGGUGGGAACAAAAAACGGAGAAGUUCUGGAGAUCGACAAGACCGGACCCAUGACCCUGCUGGUGCAGGGUCACAUGGAGGGAGAGGUCUGGGGUCUGGCCCCUCACCCCCUCCUCCCCGUCUGCGCCACCGUCAGCGACGAUAAGACGCUGCGACUGUGGGAGACGUCGGCCAAUCACCGCAUGGUGGCCGUCCGCAAGCUGAAGAGAGGCGGUCGCUGCUGCGCCUUCUCCCCCGACGGGAAGGCCCUGGCCGUCGGCCUGAGCGAUGGCGGCGUGCUGGUGGUGAACGCCGACACGCUGGAGGAUCUCCUGAGCUUCCACCAUCGCCGCGACGCCAUCUCUGACGUCCGCUUUUCCCCAGACUCAGGUAAAUUCCUGGCGGUGGCGUCACAUGACAGCUUUGUGGACAUCUACAACGUGCAGAGCAGCAAGCGAGUGGGGAUCUGCAAAGGGGCGUCCAGUUACAUCACGCACAUCGACUGGGACGCUCGAGGUAAACUGCUGCAGGUGAACACGGGAGCAAAAGAGCAGCUUUUCUUCGAAGCCCCGAGAGGAAGAAGACAAACCAUCAGAAACUCCGAGCUGGGAGCGGGUCGAGUGGUCCAGCUGGACGUGCGUUCUCGGCUCGAGCUGCGAUGGGAUCUGGCCGACGCACAGCGACAUCACCGACGUCAACGCCGCGUCGCUCACCAGAGACAGAAGGCUGCUCGCCACCGGGGACGACUUCGGCUUCCUGAAACUGUUCGGCUACCCGGCUCGGGGUCAGUACGCCCGUUUCAAGCGCUACGUGGGCCACAGCGCCCAGGUGACCAACGUGCGCUGGGCUCAGGACGACUGCUCGCUGCUGACGGCCGGCGGGGCCGACACCGCCCUGAUGAUCUGGGCGAGGGAGCGAGGAGGCGGGGCCGGCGUGGAGGGGGAGGGGCCUUUGUGCUGCGACGGCCGGCCCACCGUGGACAGCGAGGAGUCGGAUGACGACAUCGAAGAGGACGGAGGGUACGACAGUGACGUCGCCCGGGAGAAGACGGUGGAUUACACCUCCAAGAUGUACGCCGUCAGCAUGAGACAGAUGAGAGGAACCAAACCUCAGCACCAGCUGAAGGAGGUUUCUCCAGAGGAGAGGGCAUUGUGAAGCCUCCGGUGAGUCGAGCGGCGCCGCGGCCCGAGAAGCUCCAGAAGAACAACGUCUCCAAGAAGAGGAGGCUGGUGGAG